CAAACAAUAGAGAAUGGCGUUCUUAGUCGUUCUAAGAAAGUGUAUAAUAAACCAGUGUUUUCUAUAAUGGCCGACUGCACACGUACUUUCGGUGGUGGCUUUUCAAGCAGAACACUUUUAGAAAGGAGAACGCCUUUUGACGACAAGUAGGUUAACUGAUGGUUUAAGUUUGUCCAACUCACUUAAGUUAUUUUAUGUUUUGUGUUACUUUAUAUCCUUACACACUGAAACAAACAUGAAACGUGAUUAAUGUUAGGGAAAUAAUUUUGUUCAAAGAAAGCAUCAUUCAUUCUAGUAUAUCUAUAAACGUGUUUUAUUUUAUUGAACCACAUUCUGGUAAAAUAAUAUAAUAAUUAUGUUUAAUUUAAUAUAUGCAUUGAAAUCAAAACAUAUGUUACAUUUCUUAAUUUUGUUUCCUUAAUAAAACAUUAUCUCUUUACACUUUGGUUUGUAUUCGAAUAUUAGAAUGCUUUCUUUUCCCCUUCUAUAUUUUAUAGGGUUUUUUUUUCUUUUUUUUUUUUUUUUUUUUUUUUUUUUUGUUUUUUUUUUUUUUUUUUUUUUUUUUUUUUUUUUUUGUUUUGGGUGGGAGGGGGGACGGGGUUCACUCAAAUACACUGAUAUAUUUACCGGUCUGUUACAUCGACCUUUUAAAUACCGAAAAUAAAGUUCAUUUAAUAGAAUAAUUUCGUCAAAUCAAUCGCCCCCUGGAUAAAGUAUGUAUUUCUAAAUCACAAAUACCCAGAGAGACUUAGUUAAGCUUGACCUAUUACAACUGAAAGAUGGGCUUUACAUACAAUGUUACAAAAAUACAUUUUCUAUUUUGAUUUCUGUGCAAAAUGUUACUCUUGAAAAAAAAGGAUUAGAGGAAAGCCUUUUUAUUUAACAAACAGGAUCAAAUAAAGUUGGCUAAAGAGUUUCAGGGAAAAUCCGUUUCAGUUUAAAUAGCUUUUCUUCGAAAAAAGAACUUUUAAAACCAACUUGAAAGCGAGGGAAGAUAUCCUGGUUUCGUGUAUUGUUUAGAAGAGCAAUUCCAUGUAUUGUAACUGUUUUUUUUUUUUAAAGGGUCGGUGCUAAAUGAUAGUGACACAAUUAUUUAAACUUCACUUUUUCAUAUCUCAAAUAGGAGAAAAAAAACAAGCGGCUUUCGUUUAUUUUAAAAAUUAUUUGCAGUAAAAUGAACAACUUUAUACACUACGUUAUUUUGAGCGCUCUGCUUCACACGUGCUGCAAUGCAGAUAAGGGUAAGCUAUUAUACAUUUGUAUAUAUCUAUAUAUAUAUCUAUAAAUAUAUUUAACCUAAAUUAAUUGUAUACAAAUAUAAACUUAAAUUGCUUCCUUUUCAUUUUAAUAAUUCUGUUUUUGUGUGUGGAUGUGUUCGUUGGUAACAAAUCAAACCAAAAAUAAUAAUAAUAAUAAUAAUUUGUUAACUAAUUCAACCAAGAAAUGAAUAGUCGUGCAUCAAUUAGAUUUCUACAUAUUACCAGUUAGGUAUUGAUGUGACUGUAAUAUCUGAUAAGAUGAUCCCCGUAGGAUGUUAGAAAUAAUGUUAAAUAAUUUUGAAGCAACAUGAGAAAACCGUGAUAAAUUUUAUAAUCGUAAAUCGAAUUGUCAAAGUUAUAUUAUCAGUUUAUGUAAUUAGGCAAUUGUAAAAUUAUAUAGGGUAAAAGGUUACAUUUUUGCGUGUAUAUGAAAAAAGUGAAAGAUUUUUUGUAGUUUUUGCAUAUACGUUUUUGUGUGUACCGUGUGAAAUUUAGUCAGCAAAUAAUUGAUUUAAACAUUUCUCUUUGCAGAAUCAUUAAGCUAAAUAUGCUUUGUUAAUGGCAUAUCAUUUAAUGUACUUUCAUAGUAGCUCCUGAAAGUAAAAUGAGAUCUUUCCUAAUUGACGUUUGGUCAAUGUUCUUAACAGAUUUUUGUUGUAGCACAAAUGCCUUUUCCUCUAAACAAAGAGGCUUCGUUGAAAUCUAUGCCAUGACAUGUUCUUAAUUAUGGCUAUAUAGUCUAUUGCAUGUUUGUGAUAUGUGAGCGGUUUUUUUUUUUGGUCUGUCUAUCACGGUGUCAUACAUUUAGGGUAUUUGCUUUUUUCAUGGUCAUUCAAACUGUAUUUUAAAAAAAAGAUGACUAUAUCAAAUAGAAAGGUAGUAAGUCUAUCUUGCUUCCACACUUGACUAUAUAUCUCAAAUUUCAAAUUUCUCAAACAGGAAAAUUCUUCACACAAAUGAGAAUAGUUUAUACCUAUAUCAAGGCAUGGUUUAAGAGUUCCCAGUUUUGAAAUUACUUAGAUGUCAAGGCAUUUUUAGUUGUAAUUAUAUAUGGGUGGCCGAGCGAUCUUAACUGUCUCAAACCAAAAAGCCUGUGGUCCGGAGUUCAAUCCCCAUCAAAGCCAACAUCCCAAGCACCCCGGGUGGAUGGGACUCGUUAGCCUUGGACGGCAACCCAUCUAAGAGAAGGCAAACUCUGAAUUUAAACCAGGAGCCAGAAUGAUCAACAAAUUGAUAGUGGGCCCCUCAAAUAUAAGAAGAAGAAGAAGGACUCUGGUUUUGAAUAUAAUAAUGGACUUUGUUAAAAUUGAAUUGGCGAUUAUGACAUUAAAAUGGCUUUUUUAUGUAAUCUAAAUGCUAGCAAAAGAAGAAGGCGAUAGAGUAGUGCGAGUCGUGUAAGAAUAAGGUGAUUUUGAUAGGCAGUAAUCUAUUGCGUUCACUGUGUUGAUUGUAUUUUGCGUUGGGUCAAAGGGGAGAGUGGUGUUGAGUGGAAUGGUGGAAUUGAAUGAAAGAAGGCUAAUCGAGGGUGUAUGUAGUGAACGAUUUUGGUAUAUGACUUAAGAGAUAUGGAAACGUAGGUUGAAGAAGAGAUAAGAGGCUCUAUUAGGGACGAAUAAAGUGCUUUGGGUGGGCCAUCAGCUCCUGGUUCAACUUUUUUGUUUUUGUGUGGGGGGGGGGGGGGGAGGGGGCUGGGUUUUCCUUUAAAAUAUGUGCAAAAAGACUUUUACCACCCUGGGCAGUCUUACCCUAACCACGCUCCUUGGUGCUAGCUUUUAAAUGUUGACGAUAUCGUUAGGGAUAUUGGAGAGGAAAUGCAGUGGAGGUUAAUAGGAGGGAUUGGAAAAAACACUUUUUUGGAAAAUUUCUUUUUUAAUUCUAUUUUUUCUUGUGGUGUUUUGAUGAAAUUUAAAGUGUUGUUGUUGUUGUUUUGUUUUUUUCUUUUCAAGAAGCGUUUUUGACACACUCUUCUGCAAAGAACAUAUUUUCACCUUUCCCAACACUGUCAUUUGGAAAACUUAAGAAAUGUUUUAUUGAUUUCUUUUUGAGUAUGUGUGUGUGUGUCAAAUACACAAUCAUAUCUUUCCCCCCAAACGAUCAUGUUUUUAAACAAAUGUAACAUUUUAAUCAGUCUCUUUCUCUUUCAAUUUCUUUAAAAAAUGCCAAUUAUUUUUAAAAGAAACUGAAUGAUGAAAAAAACAUAUACCGAAACACAUACACACCAAUACCCAAAAGUCCCUAAACAUUAACAUACGAAUAUAAUUAACAUACGAAUCUAAAUAUAUGAUAAUAUUUAACUUUUCUGAGGAUUUCCAACCUGCUGUAUCAUGUUGUUUACGCAAUUUAUUGACCUCGAACAUUAAAAAUAGGUUGACUAGAUUUUCCAGAAAAAUUUGCAAAUUAUUAUUUCAAAUCACAUCACAUCACUUUUUUUUCUUUUUUUUUUUGGUGGGGGAUUCGAAUAAAAGAGAAGUUAUUUUAGAGGUUUUAAAUAAAAUAUACGUAUUUUAAUUAUUAUUUUUUUUUAUCUAAUAUCAAUUGCUAAAAAAAAAUAGUUAAUCAUUUUUUUUUUUUUUGCAUUUAAUUUCUAAUUCAACUCGUGAAUAACACCAGAUAGACUGCAAUCACAAAAGGAAAAUGAAUAUAGACUAUACAUUUUAAUUUACAAAUUUUUAAAGUUUUCGUUUUCUUUUUAUGCCUUUAACUGAACGUUUACAAACGAUUCAGAUUUUUAGAACUGUCACAUAAAUGCAUAAGAGUUAUAAUUCGCAAUUUUUUUCAAAUAGUAAAAAAAAAAAAUAAUAUUUUCUGUACAUACAUUUCUACUUCAUCUCUAUUUUUUUCCGACAUGCACAUUCAAAAUCAGGGAGAGUCGGAUUGACCUUUGACUCAUAUCACCAGAAUGUGUUUAGCUACCUCUCAAAUCUAUAUAUAUAUAUAUGUAUAUAUAUACAUAUAUAUAUAUAUAUAUAUAUAUAUAUAUAAAUCUAUAUAUUUAUAUAUUUAUUUGCAUCUAAUUUUAAAAAGAUAAAUAUAUAAUAGACGAUUAUGAGACCUUUAUCUUUUGUCUAUUAAUUAUUUUUGUAUAUAUAUCUAUAGAGAGAGAGUGAUAGAUCUUUGUCACAUAUAUCAAGAAUGUGUUUAUAUAUCUCUCAAAUAUAUAUAUAUAUAUAUAUAUAUAUAUAUAUAUAUAUAUAUAUAUAUAUAUAUAUAUAUAUAAAUCUAUAUAUUUAUAGAUUUAUUUGCAUCUAAUUUUAAAAAGAUAAUUAGAUAAUGGACGAUUAUGAGACCUUUAUCUUUUGUCAAUGAAUUAUCUUAGUAUAUAUGGCUAAAGGGGCCUUACAUGCAUACGUCGGACAGUAUUCCUUCCCUCCCACUGAUGUAAAGUAUUUUUGUAUUGGUAAAGUAUUCUUAUAUCUGUAACGUAUUCUUAAAUCGAUAUUUUUUUCUAUUAUGCCCUCUGUUUUUAUAAUUAUGCAUACAAUUUUUUUUCUUCCAUCGUUCAGGAGAGUUUUCAUGAAAAAAAAAAAGCAAUUGUUUUUGGUAUGGCUUUUUCUUACAUGUAACGAUCUGGCACGCUAUAUUCCAUUAAUAAGUUAUGUGUAUCUCCAUAUGUUACUUUUCAUGUCUGAUUUAGUCGUAUGUUGAACUGACUGAUGUCCAUGAUGUUUAUUGCCUUUACUAUCUCUUUAAAAACAAUUUUCCUGUUUCCCCACUUAUCUGCUCUUAAUUGCUUUGUCCUCUUGCCAUGCCAUUGUUGGACAAUCUGUGUGGGUUUUUUUAAAUCUAUCUCUUUCCUGCUGAGUGUUUGAGUGUCACGACUGCCGAGAUCGUGUAGUUAAGUAAUUGUAAUUACGUUUGUUGAUGCGUCUUUUUAUUUUAUUUAUUAUAAUUUUUUUAGUUAUUUAAAAAAAAAAAAAAACUUAUCAGCUGACAUCUUUUCUUCUAUACCUUAAUCUUUUCUCUUACUUGUAUUCAUGUACUCUUUUCUUGGCUUGCAUCUUCGUGGAUGAAUAGUAAUACUUCAUUAGAAAUAAGUUAUUAAUUAAAUAGCGGUCAAUUUAUUUGUCUGUUUUAGUCCGAGGAAAAGAUUUAUCGCUUUAAAUUGUUAACAUAGUUUGAACGGAAAAAAAGGUGUCUAUUUUAGAGAUAGAACUUAUUAGGAGAUUAAGGGAGAUUUGAUCCAAAUGUCUUAUCGCCAUUAAGAAGCGACCCAGGGAUUGUUCCGAAAUAAAAGUGUGAUUGCAGGUUGUUUUAUCUCGAUGACUUCCUAUGGAGAAAAUGGAUAAACUUAGCUCAAUAUUGAUUGCAUUGUAUGUUUCAUCGCAGAUCGACUCCAUAUCAGCUCAUUCACCGUCAACAAGCAUCACGUUACGCCUUACAUUUUUGGCGUCCCACUGGGUCGAGAUGUUACUCUCCGGUGUGAAGUCUCUGGGGAAACCAACCUGAAACUAACUAGACUAGGGCAAACGCUGCACACUGUCCAGACGAGCAGAAGUAUUACUCACGUUCUCAAAAAUGUCACGUGUCAAGACACAGGAGCGUACGUCUGUGAGGCGCACGGCUCAACCAACAAGGACACGAGAACCGCAAAUAUCAACGUGCAGUUUUGUAGGUUUUUACAGUUUCACGUUGUUCGAUGAUUUGUUUUAGUAUAAUUAUUAUAAGAUUUAAACGUUACUUAAAUGGUACGAAUUAAAAAUAAUUGAUGUUUUUAUAUAUUACCAUGUGCUGUUAUACCCAUUGGUCUUGAUUUAUUUCAACGUGUCAGAACAUCAUAGAAACAAAUGUGAACAGUUUUAUGCCAUAUGAUUGGAAAGUUCGCUGAUUUUACCAUAUCAUGACGAGAUACGGCAUUGCCAUUGAAUUGCAUUGAUUAGUCAAUAAACUAUUCAGACUAACUAGAUAAAUAAGACACACACAGGUUGUCUUAAUAAAACAAUAUAAGUUAAUCUCUAAUAAUUAUCAUACAGAAUAAAAAAUGUAAACUUUUUCGGCAAAUGCCUUCGUCAAUACAAACAAACAAAUAAUUUAAAAAUCGUAAAAUUAUAAAUUAAAUUGAAAUACUAUAAAUAUAUAUAGUGUAUUCGAUAAGAUCAUUAUUAAAGCUGAAUUUGUAGUGUUUUAUUUACACACAUUGUUCGUGUUUAAUUAAUCUAAUUGAAAUCUUUUAUCGCAGUCCAACAAUCCAAACAACUCGCUAUUUAAACUUUAUAUCUAGGGUAAUGGUAAACAUAAACGUUAAUAAAUCUUUUCAAAACAGAGAAACUGGCCAAAAUUGUUUAUCAGAGGCAAAUCGCAAUCUCAAUUUUAUAACCAUUCAACCAAUUUGAAUACAUUUAAAUUUAGUUUUUCUUAUGGGAAAACUCAAAACUGCACUUUUCGCGGAACAAAGCUACGCUAAAACAGCAUUGGAUAUUGACUUUAAAAAAAAAAAAAGAUACAUUUAAAAGCUUAUUUAUGUUAUUACUAUUUCAAAAGAUUAUUUUAUUCCUAUCUGUAUUUCUCCGUCUGGACUAAACCCAUUCAUAUUAAUCAACAUUACAUUAAUGUUCUACAGGUCCUCCCCAGCUGUGUCAACAAAACGACAGCAUCAGAGUGGUCACCGUACCAAUCGGCAGAGACUAUCAAAUCUCCACCUGCAUUUAUACGCACGUUAGCAGUGACCAGUACCCCGUCAUCACCCUCAAAAAUAAUAUUCGUCUCAAAAAGAACUCGCGUUCCAAUAAGUACGGUUUCCAUUGGUCAAAGAAGGACUUACAGAUGCACCACACGGCCGUCAUUACCAUAAGACAUGUGGCAGAGAACGACUACGGAGCUCUGGAAGUAGAGCUGAAUAUCACGGCGAAGAACUCGAUGCAUUUUACAGUUUAUAUACUGAAGCCAAACGGUAAGGAUCACUGCAUAGAUCUUUGAGACGUUAUAAUAAAACUGUAACAGCAAAUAGUAUUAUUAAUACACAUUUAUAGUUAUUUUUAAACGGUUUUAUCAAAUAGAUUAUUAAGAUAAGAUACGAUUAUUUAUUGAUCCAAAUAAAUUGAAAUGUUUUUUAUUAAAUUGUACAUGCUCGGCACAGAAAUAAAUACGUUUUUAAACAGAGAAAACAUAUUUAUUGAUCAUAACAAUUGAAAGCCAAGACAUCUCAAAUAUUUCUCUAUCAUAGAAAUCAACCAAAAAUGAGCAAUCCUUUUGUAGCAAUAAUGUCUGAAUUGGUGACCAUGUAGAUUUCUUGUGAUAAACGUAUAAACCAAGUAUUAUUUGUAAUAAAACCUCAUUCUGAUCUUAACACAACAAUCUAAAACAACGUAAGUAUUUAUUAAAAAGUUAAUGAAUUUUUAACAAAUCUUAAACAUAUAAUUUUUUUUUCUUCUAAUACGAAUAUUUUAAAAGAUAAAUAUAGCCAUUUCCUUUGGGGUUCCUAACAGCUUCCUACAUCGUUGACUUCACGGCCAACAACAAUGAACUCACCGCCUCAUCGUCCAAGCCGGUAACCCUAGCAUGCAAGGCCGCAGCGUUUAAGCCUAUUUUCAGGCUGUACCGACGCGGCAAUGAGACUGAACUUGCCCGUCGCACAGGGAGUCUCAACCCCUCGUCUGAAAUGUUACACACGCUCAGCGGCACUUGCGGAGACACCGGGGCGUACGUCUGUCUUGUUGAAGACGUACGUGGCGUAGUAGUAAAGAAGGAAAUGGAGAUAGCGUUUCAAAACUGUAAGUGAUACGGGCUUAAAGUUCAUAUUUAUUUUUUAUAUUUUUUCAAUAAGCCCAUUCAAAAUGAAAUGAUAAUACAUUUUUGUAACAUAAAAUAUGUACGAAUAUUCAUAAGUCUUGAUACUUAUUCAAUAAUAUAACAACGAUCCAAAUGGAAAAAAGGGGGGGGGGGGGGGGGAGAAAAGGAAAAGAAAUAGGAACACGAAAAUGUUCAACGCCUGUCGAUUAUUAUUAAAAACAGACUACAAAUUACAUUUGAUAGUGUAAGGUUUCUUUAUUUAGGGGUGCCAUGUACCCAUGGGUUGGAGGUAGGCUGUGUCAAGGGGAGUGACAUACCCACACAAAGCACCGAAUUUAGUCGCAUUUUAGUGAAGAUUCAUUCAUUCUUGAGAUGCGGGUGUGCGGACAACACAUUUUAAAAUCAAGAGGAGGUGUGGCGCCGAACAAAAAAGGUUAAGAACCACCCUAUUAAAGUGACGAAAGCUUAGAGAAAUUGGAAUCAUGAAACAGCUUGUUGCAGUACGUAAUAUUCCACAAAAUACUCAUUUCCACUGAAAACAUCGGGAAAACCUGAACGAAAAAAAACAAACUAUUAUCAAGAAAACCGUACAUGUGAUUAACUGGUCCUCCCACACAUGCUGCAUUAACGGAAUCAUGGAAAACGCUGGCUCUAGAAAUUUAUCUUUUCGGAGAAAUUUGUUGUGGAUCAAUUGGCUGAAAAACAUGUUAUAACCGAAACGUGUUAUGGCUGGUGGAAUAUACGUUAUAUCGUUUUGACUAUAGGAAACAGAUAUUCUACAAUCAAUAUUAAUAAUAUACAAAUAUAUAUAAAUAUCACAUAAUAGAAGUUAGAAAAUUUGAAUAGAUAUGUAUGAUUUUAGGUGCAUGUUGAUAGUUGUGUGACAAAAAAUGUUCGGUACAACAUAACAUUAAAUUUCAUAAAUUUACCCAAGCAUAGUUUAGGUGAAUAAAACAAUGAAUGUUUUAUAAAUACAAAUAAAGUUAAUACAUUCAUUUAAUUAAUAGCAAGCUAAAUACCAACACAGCACUGUAGCAAUUAUCAUAUGAAAAUAAAAGACACUGUUGGUAGAUAUACUAGUAAAAUUGGAUUGGUGUUCUUAUAAUAUACUGAAAAGUGAAGAAUGUUUCCAAAGAUAUUGCGGCCACCCUGUUGUUGUUGAUGCGGGGAUGCUCGUUACCUAAGUCUGUAACAUAUUUGUAACACGAUCACAACAAGAGAUCAUCAAUGUUGUCAAAUGAAUUACUGUGUGAUUUGAUAAUUAAUAAAACACUUUAUUAAAAUAAGAUCGAAUCACAUGAUAAAUAAAUAAUUUCCAUUGUCGUACAGGAAAACCAUUAAAAAAUAGAUGUGUUCACGUCUGUGUUCAUUAAUUAUCUAUAUUGCCGUCUUCGAAAUUAUCAAACACUUUAUUAUAGUACAAACUUAUAGCACGACCUCUUAAAAUGGCUGCCUACACUGGUGCGUUAUAUCUCUACAAUUUUUCUUCUUCUUAUGCCUUUUUACCCCGUCUAGGGCAUAGCCUGCCCACAACAGUUUUCCACUCAUCACGCUUAUUUGCUGUCUUUUCCGAUUGCUUCCAUGUAUAUACCAUCUUUUGCAUGUCUGACUCUAGCUCGCGUCCCCAUGUAUUCUUCCAGCAUAGCCUGAGUUUGGCCACAAGGCUUCAUAGCUCUUUUUGAAGAAGAAGAAGAACCCUUUCUUCUCAGGGUUUAAAAUUGGUUGGUUUUCAGUGUUAACGCCAUGUAGCAAUUUGUUGCCUCUCGAUUGAAUCCCACCUAAAUCAAAGUAUACAGUUACAGAUAUAGUUAUUUAACUCUGUCUUGUGCAUCAUGUAGCUUUUUGGAAACUAAAAAAAAAUAAAGGUAGGGUGAUUGGUGGGGGAUUAUUUUACUAAAAUGUACAUUACAUAUUUGAUCCUUUAAGGCCCACCUCUACCCUGCAAUGAGGAAUCAACAUCCAAAAUCGCCCUGGCCAAUGUGAGUGACAACCUCACGGUAUCGUUCUGCGUUAUGACUUACAACGGAAUCCAACCAAUUGUAGAAAUCGACGCAGACAAAAUUCGCGUCAACGAUACCUCCAAACGGUUUCACGUGGACAUCGCUACUCAAGGGUACCAGAGCCGAGUUAGCAUCAGCAUCAAUGACGUACAGUACGAAGACUUCGACGAAUACCGUGUUAAAAUAUCGACCCCAGGGCAACCUGCAUCUGAAAAUAGGAGCACCGAGAUGAGCUUUGAGAUCAUCAAUGUUAACAAUAGUUAGUCGGCUUCUUAUUUCUUCCAUUGUGUUCAGUUUGUUUUUAGUUGCUUAAUUUAAAAAAAAAAUAAAUAAUUCGAGCCAUUUUAGAUAGUUGAUAGCUAUAUCUCUUUCAAUACCACUCAUUGUUUCUCCGAUUUUUAUCAUUUUUAAUUUCACUUAAUACUUAUAGAGAUAUACAAAAUAUAAAGGGAAAUAAUCAAAUUAAAUAUCACUUUCGAUUCAUUAAUAUCAUUUCCCUUACAGGACUGUAAAAGAGUGUUUCUCGUAAUAAACAGAUGUGUUCUUAUAUUUGUUAAAUCUGGCUUGAAAUCUUUUUCUAUCUCAUGUUGUUUGCGACCUCGCUUUUGCUGAUAUAAUAUCUGUUUGAUAGUGCUUUACUUGCUUUACACAAUUUACUUAAUUUUUUUUUUUUCCAAAAACUAAAACUUAUUACAGAAGAGUGUGAUCUGUACAAAAGAAAAAUAACGGUGUUCACCCACAUUGGUGGGAAUGCGACUGCAAGGUAGUGUAAGCACUUAGUUUUUUAAAUUAAAAUAACUUUGAGAAGUUGUGAAAUAUAAUAUGAAAAAUCGACACACAUUGGGGUUUAUAUUACUGGAAUGUCAUAAUUAGUAAUCUACUUUGACUUUAGUAAUCUACUUUGACUGUAGUAAUUUACUUUUACUUUAGAAACCUAAUUUUAUUUAUUAAUCUAAUUUUACUAAAGUAGUCUACUUUUAAUUUUUAAUUCACUUUUAAUUUGUAAUCUACUUUUACUUUUAUAAUCGGUUUUAACCUUAGUAGUCUACUUUGACUGUAGUCUACUUUGUUCUUAGCAACCUCCUUUUCUAUAGUAAUUACGUUUACUUUAGUAAUCUACUGUAACGUGAGUAACCUCCUGAGUCCAGGCGUGCAGCCCACUGGACAAUGGUUUUCUAUCACUUAUUCUAACUUGGUAGCUAAUUUUCGUUUGGAUCCUCUCGUGCAGUCGGCUGGACACAUUUUUACACUAGUUUGACAUACUUUUACGCCGAGAUAGACAUACUUAAUUUUAAGAUGGCCGACAGAGGGGCAGUACCUUGGUGCUCAGCAAGGGGUGCUGGUAAGUUUUUUGCUAAUAUUUAUUAGAUUUAACCCAAUCUAAAGAUUUCAAUGUUGUUUUAAGACAAUAAUAUGUCAAAGAAUACGAAUAUAGCUGGAUUUUUAUUCAUAUUUCAUUACAUCGUAGUUUAUUUAAUCCUUUUUAAAAGGUGUUCAGUCUACUGGACACAGGACUCUAAUCAAAUCAAAACAACACCAGCGAUACGGUGACGACACACAAAUGAAUGAAAGUCUUAGUUCUAGGCAAUCGAUGUCAUUUUUAGCUGUGUUUAAAUGGUAUAAUUAUUAUCAGAUUAAUUAAUUACGCAUUUAGAUACAUAUAUUUUAGUCAGUUUUUAGUUAGAGUUAGAUCUCUUAUAAUAUAUAUUCUUUAAAUUUAUUUACCCAUUAUUUCUUCAGUUUAAAAUUAAUUAUUUGAGGCCCUUUUUAUUGUUUUUUGUUAAUUUUUAAAGUUUUCUUCCCAAAGUGUGAAAUUCCAUGUGUUUUCGCUUGUGGAUUUACGGCUAGUUUUUAGGGUUCAGAUCUCAAGUCGGAAUUUUUAAAUUCAACAUAUUUAAAUAUUCGAAGUGUCUACACGUCCGGCGCGCGGACGUGUAGUGCGCAAGAUACACGUCCGGCGACUUGUCACGUGACCGCCGGACAUGGCCGGACGGCUAGUAGUUUUUAUAAUUCCAAACGAAGUACGAUUUAGUACAUCUUGUCUGGUCUUGUGGUAGAGUGGUUGCAUGACGAUAGGAAUGUUUGAGGAUCUAUACCGGGGAUAGGGUCGUUUUUUUUCUUCCCAUUUUAAUUAAAAUAUUUUGUAUAUAUUUAUAUUAUCAUGUUCCUCUGCAACAGUAGUUUCAUGAGAAGUUUUUAAAUAUUUUGUAGCAAUUGAAAUAAUUUAAAAUGAAAUCUUUAACUUUUAUUGGUUGCCACACUGGCCCCUAAUUUAUUUUAUGGAUUACUGGUACACAAAAAAUAACAAACUAAACAAAAAUGUUUACAAGCCACUUUCACUUAAGUUUCUUUUUCUAUUAUUUGCAUUCAAGAUACUCAGUACAUUACUUGGUAGAGAAAUAGAUUUUAAAAUUAACAAUAGUUUUGAAUUAUUCGCAGUCACGUGACAAGGCUGACCGACACGAUAUCUCUCGCCACUUUGUUACGGCGGUCAUGUGACUUGGUCGCCGGACACAUAGUGCGGGAGAUAGACGUCCGGCGCGCCGGACGUGUAGACACUGCCUUAAAUAUUUAAUUAGGCAUUAGGCAUUCUACAAUAUUAAGCCUUAUGCCUUAUUUUGUUUGUUGAAAUUUUAAGGAAAUCCCUGAUUUUGAUAAUUUAUCAUAAAAAAUGAAUAAAAAGAAACAUCUAAAUUCUUAUUUUCAUCAUGCAAACUGAUGGUUUUUUUUGUUUUUUUUUACUGUUUUAGGUAAUACUUGGAGAAAAUAACACACAGAACAACAGUUAUUUGUGAUGUUUGAACAAUCGUGAGAUAUCAGAGAAAUAUCCUCAUCCUCUGAAUGAAAUCGAUAUAGAUGACGACAUUGAUUACAAUGAAUCAAACUUUGAAAAUGAAUCAUUUUAAGACGAAGAACCCUUGUCCAAAGACAACAAAAAAAGUGAAAGUCGCUCCCUCUGGCGUAAAAGCAACUAAUUUGUUCCUGAUUUGUCAGAUGUUAAUCACAAAGUUAAUGAAUUAAGCUUAAGCUUACAAAAGAUUCAUUCACUUGGAUUUGGUAGGAAAGAGUUUGAAGCAGUUCAUGUUGAUUGAAUGUUGGCAACCAAACACAAAAAUGCUUUGCAAGUUGAACAGUCCACCUUGCAUUUAGCUGAUAGCUGAACAUCCUUCUCUGCUACAUUUUGAAAAAGAAUUUGAAUCAAUAUCUGGAAUAUCAGGAGGAUGGGCAACUUGUUGAUAACUAAGACUUCUAUUGGGCACAGGGACUCUUUUUUUUUUUUUUUUUUUUUUCCCUCUAUAGUUUUCAAAGCUGACGUCAUCUAACGGAGGAGUGCUUUUUUCACGUUUAUUUGUUCCAUUUUUUCUUGGUUCCAGUUUUGAAACUACGCAUUUUUUUUUUUUUUUUUUUUUUUUUUUUUCCCUCUAUAGUUUUCAAAGCUGACGUCAUCUAACGGAGGAGUGCUUUUUUCACGCUUAGUUGUUCCAUGUCUUCUUGGUACCAGUAUUGAAACUACGCAUUUACAGUAGCUUGGUCCAACAUAUGGAAUAUUACUCUGACAUUUGGAACUUAUGGCUCAAGUAGCAUAAUAGCUCAGAAGUCGGUCACACAAGUCAACACCUCCCAUGUUGUGAUUAUAGUGUUUUAUUAGAAAUGGACACUGUUCCUCUAUAUACUUCUUCUUCUUCUUCUUCUAUAUCUUAAGGGCCCACGAUCAAGUUAUUGAUCAUUUUGGCUCCUAUGCAUGUUUUCCUUCUUUUCCUUUUUUGACCAUAGUAAACACUGGUUAGUUGGAGCCAGCGAUUCUGCAAUAUUCGACAUCCUAGUUGAAGUUGCCCAGUACAUUCGUAUUAGGAUACAUCAGGUCAUCAGGCAAGACAUCUCCAUGCUAAUUCCAAGAAAACUUUUUUAUUUCUUUUGCUGUAACGGAACCGGUACGCAGAUUGGUGAAAAAUCUGUGUGCGUGUAGAAUUGUUCAUUAAAACAGUGAUGGCAAUAAUCAAAGGGCUCAACCCUAUGAGAUUUAUGACUGAGGUUUCAAAUUAUUUGGAUCCUGAUGUCCAGUGGACUGCACAUCAAAUAAAUCAAAUAUCAAAUUCAAAAUUUUUUGUUUGAAUGUUAUUUUAGCAUCACUUAUAGCACAAUAAAAUAGGUGUCCAGUUGAUUUCACCCUAACUUGCCUCUGGGGACUCGGGAGGGUAACCUAAAUUUUAAAUACUAUACAUUUUAGAUCCUUCUUGAAAAUUAAGGAUUUCAUAUUUUAAAUCAUACAACACUUUAUUUUUUUUAAAAUAGAUUUUGUGUCCAACACGAUGAACGUUGGCUGAAUGAAACGGAGGCACUAAAUGAAGAAACGUAUCCUCCACUUACACGUGACGGGUCACAAGGUAAAGUAAGGAUAUGGCUCAAUUCAACGGACGGUCAACAAUACAGAUUCUUUACGGUCGUCAUCAACAACGUUGAACUCCAUGACCUGAAACAGUACAACUUCGUCACACCGAAGGACAGCCUGAAUUACACAGUCGAUCUCCAACUGCAGACAGGUAGUGUGGAUCACUCUCAAAAUAUUUGGGACAUGUGAUAACGUUUUAAGCCCAGAAAGAGGUGUAUGCUGUUAUCAAAAGAAAUUUUACAAUUGUUUACUGGGCUGACAGAAGAUAAUGCAUAUUAUAGAGUAAAAUUUAACCAAAAAAAAAAAACAGAGAUGCAUUACCUGUAACUAGCAAUGAUGUAGAUUUAAUGUAACUAAUAAUUGUACAAUCUUUUUAUUGAAUGUUUCUCUUCCAAAAUGAAUGGGGCUACACAAUCUUUAAAAACACUUCAAAUGUGACGUAAUAUAUAAAAAAAAAAGAUAUUGGAAAUCCCUGUGAUAUCGCUUGUUAUUGUUUGUGGAAAAAAAUAUUGUGUUGUUUAUUCAUAGGUAUGUGAAAACACAUUAGCGAAUUUAGCAACAACAACAUUAUUAUUUAUUGCAGAGUUUUUUUAAUUCUUUUUUUAAAUAAUUUAAAAAUAAGAUUUAAAAUCGUGUCUCUAAAUUAUAGUAUGAUUUAUUAAAUUUGAUUAUAACAGGAAUUUCUUUAUUUUGUAAAGCGUUUGGCUUCUCCUUAUUAAAAAAAAUUUAGUAACUUUCUAUAUCCUUUAAAUGUUUCUAACCCACCAUUCUAAUUUGCAGACACCCUCCAAUUUUGCAACAGCUCAGACAAGCAUAGAGUCGCACGUGCGGAGUUGGCUGGCAAAAUCUUGGUUCAUACGUGCAUUGCUCUCAGCAAAUCCACCAAAAACUCCAGUAUUUUCGUCGAAUUCAAUGGUACUGAUUUCAAGAACAUGGGCUGCAUCGGAAAAAAGUGUGCACUGUGGGCACCGGAGAACGCCUCAUCUAUGGCGUACAUAUUCAGCGUCAGAAUGGAAAACUUGUCUGUGCUUGAUUUCGGUAACGUGACAACGAAGGUGGGACUGUACAAUGAAUCGAAUGAUAGUGUUAUUUCUCAACUGACAUUCACGCUGCAGUUAGAAAGAAUAUGUAAGUUCAUCAUAUAUGUACGGUAUUUAACAUUUUAAAGUACGUUUGCUUUUGAUAAUUAAUAUAAAUAUAAUUUUUUUUUUAUUUAUUUAUAUUUAUAUGUAAUGUAUCAGUAAGUAUAAAAGUAUAAAAUAAGUUGGUGCAUAAAGUAAAUAAAACAUUACACUAAUAGAUAUAUCAAUUAAAGGAAAACAAAACUGUAUAUAAUAUAAUUUUUUUUUAGAUAUUUAAAAAAGAAAUUAAUAAACAUAUCUUUAAAAGGAGGUCCUAAAACUAUUUCAAAUGUAACUUAUACAUAUUAGAAAUAUAAAUCUUCAUGCUACAGAGAGAAAAAAAUAUGUUUUUAUUACUUUAUUAAAAUAUGAGUUAUAAUAAUAAUAAGUAGCAAUAAUAAUAACUUUGGAUAUAAAAUAUCACGCAAAGAAAUGAAAUUUAAAUUCAGUCACAAUGAAAAUAAAAUGUGAUUGUUAUCUUGAAUAUUAACCCUUGAAAACGAAACUGUUUCCGCCCUUCCUGCAGAUGUUGUGCGCAGCAAUACACCAGCGAAAAUGUAUGGUAUCAAGCCCGAAGGAGACGAGGUCGUCGAAUCUGGCGUGGCCCCAAACACCAUAUUGGUGAUAACAAUGGCAAUUACUGGUACACUGGUGGUUGUAGUGCUUGUUGGCUAUGCCGUCAAAAAAUGUAAAGGUGAGGCAAUCAACAAUACAAAAAUAGAGUCCAAUAAAUGUCCAACAAGAUGUGAUUUGAAAAUUGCAUGUGACUGUAAUAUCAAAGGUGAGGAUAAAGGGGAUUGCACAUAUUUUACUCACUACUGAGAGAUGGUGAUGAAGUCAAACUCGUGCAAAGAAAAUUGUAUCUGUUGGAGCGUGAAAGAGUGCGAGGCCAGCGUAUGAUUUUUUGUGAAGACAAUGGACGGGCGUUGUAACAGAGUGGGGAAGAGAGCGAUCCAAAGAAUGGAAGAGAAAGAAGUGGGUUGUUUGUCUUGGCUAAAUUUGUUUGCGAAACUUACUUUACUAAUUGUACUGCUUGUUUUAUUUAUUUAUUUUAUUAUCAUUUUUAAAUUCUUCAUAUUACCUUCACUUUUGUUCAUGUGUAGCAAACAUUCUGGUCGGUGUGUGGCAACAUUUUCGGAUAGGGGAAUGACAUACUUCCCCUCAAUCAAUCGAGCUGAGACUUGCCGCAUUCAUUCAAAUUUUCAGCCCCACCCACACCCCAAAAAAAACAAAGUUUUUCCCUUUUUUUCGAGGUGUAAAAUGUAGAUAAAGAAAAUACGGCACCAUUGAGGUCACAAAGUAAAACUUCCAAUAAUUGCGCUCAAUAAGAUUCUUUAAAAUAUUGCAAUUUCGUUUGGUGCGUUACAAUGUAUUUUGUUUUUUUCUGAGAUAGUAGUCGAAAUGAAUCUGCGUGGGACAUUAGAAUAUUAAUAUGAAAUUAAAUUAAUAAAAUUCAUUUGAAAGAUUUAUACGAAAAACUUUGCUUUUAGCCGUUGUUUAAUGUUCGAUGACACCGUGAAUCAAUGGUGUUAGUGCAAGAAAACUUUAUUUGACCAAAAUUAUCCUGAAACUAGUGUUAUUCUUGUGUAUUAGUGCACUAGUUAUACCCUAGACAAGGACAACACAAUGCACAAUUCGAAAUUCUUGAUAUGCUAAAUAUUCGGCCAUCUAUAUUUUUUAUGUGGGUUUGUCGCGCUCAGGGUGCAAAUAUGGCUAGCUACACCCCUGAGCUUUUCUAGAGUAUUACGACUACAUCUAUUGCACCAUAAACUGCCCUGGAACAAAAAAAAAGUAUUUCUAUUAUAUUUUUUUUUUAACAUGUUCUUUACCAUUUGAAAUUUAAAAAUCUUGACGUACACACUAGGCAAUAGGUAUAAUUGUCACGGGUGCAGAUUUUUAUAUGUCACAUUAAAUGGUACAGCUUCUUGUAAAAAAAAAAUUCUCAUUAACAUUCGUAAAGAAGUUAAAUAUUUUGCAUCAAUCGUUGUUAUCACACUGGAAUUAACAAUUAAUGGACUGAGUGCAGAAGCAAUAUGUAUAAAGCAUUUACAAAAUAUAAUUUUAAAUAAAUAAAUCAAUAAAAAUCACAUUUACUUAAUGUUUGUUGGCUUUGCGCUCAUAGAAUCUUUGGUAGAUAAAAAUUAUACUUACUCUGUAAAACAGGAAUUUGAAGACGUACCAAAAAAAACAACAACAAAACAAUACGUACAAGAACAAUUUUCAAACUAUUACAUUCAAAUUUAAUUGAUGGAAAAUUGUAUAUGCUAGUAGUGAUAGCUGAUUUUAAGACUCAGUUGUUCACUAAUCAGUUUUUCGUUGUGGAAUAUUUGUAGUGUUAGGGGGAAAUGGAUAUUUCUAAAGAAAAGUGAUCACAGAUUGAUAUAGAAGAAGUCUUCCAUUAAAUGUGUUUAAUUUUUCCUCUUCGAAUUAAUUUAUUUUUUAUAUAAUUUGUUUGGCUGUUGUAAUUCCCAGGUGAAAUAAUUGUAUCUAAUCGUGAAAGGCGAGAGCAUCAUGUGGUCAACGCAGACUUGGUAAGGUCAACCAGUGAUGGCGGGCCCUCACGAGAACUUCAGCCGAUGUACGUGAACACUGAAGGCGAGGAUCACAGGAUGGACAUGUGACGCGUCAAGCAGGGAAAAGAAGUGACUCAAUAAUGGUUUACAUAAGGAUACUAGUCUACAAGGCAGCAAUUUAAAAAAAAAAAAGGGAAAUGAUUUACAGCGUACUGCAAAUGCUGAACUCGAUGGCGUGUAAACAAUGUUGCUUUACAACAAACCAAAGUAUUAUCCAAAAAAAAAAAAAUAAUAAAUCAAUCAUGAAUUGUUACAAUAGAAAAUAAUUAACACUAUAU